CUUUUGAAGCAGGGGGGCGCUUGCCUCGUAUGGGAUUGGCCGAACCAGUCACAAGAUGAUGUGAAGUGAAAAAACAAAAAACAGUGAAGCGUCUCUACCAUUCAGAGCAGCAGCUGCACCUUCAGGGAGAUUUUAACUCUACAACAAUGAGUGAAUCACUGGUGGUGUGUGAUGUGGAUGAAGAUCUGGUCAAAAAGCUGAGGGAGUUUCGUUUCCGCAAGGAGACUAACAAUGCGGCCAUCGUCAUGAAGAUUGAUAAAGACAAGCAGCUUGUUAUUCUUGACGAAGAGCACGAGGACAUUUCUCCUGAUGAUCUGAAGGAUGAACUGCCCGAGAGACAGCCAAGAUUUAUCGUCUACAGCUAUAAAUACCAACAUGAUGAUGGACGUGUGUCUUAUCCCCUCUGCUUCAUCUUCUCCAGUCCAGUGGGUUGCAGACCAGAGCAGCAGAUGAUGUACGCAGGAAGCAAAAACAAACUGGUGCAAACUGUUGAACUGACCAAGGUGUUUGAGAUCAGAAACACAGAGGACCUAACAGAGGAAUGGCUCAGAGAGAAACUCGGGUUCUUCCGCUAAAGUCUCCACCUCAUCCAGAGGUCUGGGAUGUGAGGAGGGUCCAGAUUGCACAACUUGUGUCAUCUCUGGGGGAGAACAGUUAAUGUUUCCCUCCUCUUUGUACCAGACCAGAUUUAAAUAGUGUUUGCAAAAUACUAUGUGUUCUCAGUUUUAGGCAUCUUUGGUGGAGUUUACACUACAUUACAAUUCAGAGUUUGUCUAAAGGUUCGGACAGUGACAGGAGUUUGAAUACUUUGCUGUGACUGUCAGCAUCUGUGGCAACUUAAACCCCUCACCCACUGAGCAGCCUAAAACUGAAAAUACUAUUUGACGCAGGUCUGCUUUUGUCUCCCAUACAGUCUCUCCAUGUGCCAGUUAUGUGUCUGUGUUGAAUUAACACUCCCAUAGCUCUUCAAGUGAACAGAAAUUGAUAGUACUCAUCCGCCCUUCCUAUACACGUUCAUUCAGGAGAAUUUAAAGGCAUUUUAACAAGUUUCUGUUUCCUUAAGUAGUUUACACUCAGCGUUUAAUACAACUCUGAACCUCCUGAGUUUCACCUUUUUAUGUUUAAUAAUUUUUCAUAAUUUGAGGGAGUCUUACUUUUAGUUUUUUUUUUUUUUUCUAGUGUAUCAAUGGUUAUGUAAGCAUAUACUUUAUAGCAUUAAUUUCCUUUUGUUGUGGAAAAACAAACUUCCUGCCAGAACAUUAGAACAAUCACUGCUACAAUUCUUGAGUUCUGCUUUAGUCAGUUUCUCCUUCGGUUUUCAUUUAAGGGCAUUUAAAUUAUAAUUUAAAGAACAAGCUCCAAUCUGCAAAAUACAAUACAACCUUUUGACAAUUCCUGAGACUUACAGUAUAUAUGAUGUGUUGUACCUUCUCCUGUGCACAUGAACAAGCUGACAGAGACCCUGAAGUGGUGCUUUUAUCACGCUGCAGAAUUCCCCUCUUGAGUCCGCCAUCAGAUCUUUUUUGUCUCUAUUUAGAGAAGAAACAGUGUGAAUCAUGGGUCAAACUGUGCUCUGCCUUUGACCUGCAUAUUUGCUACAAUGAUAUCACACUCUAGGAGACAAUAUUUCCACUGAAACAUUCCAGACUGGACCAGUUUAUACAACAAACCCUCGUCUCUUGUGACCAUGACAGUCUUGAAAACACUGCACACGGGGCAGCGUCACCUGCCCUCUUUUUAAUCUACUGGGCUACUCUGUAGAACUGUGUUACUGUGUCUUUAGGGAGAUCGUUAGCUAAUAUUGUGCAUUAUAGCUAUUACUAUUAUUAGUGUUUAUGAAUGUUGUUGCUUAAUUCUGAUGUAAAGCCACUUUGAUUGCUUUGUGGUGGUCACAGCUUUGAGAAUGACAGAUGUAAUUUCUCCAAACGCCAGUUGUGCUUAAUGUUUAGACUUGGUAGGUAAAGGACAGCAUCUGGGCAAUUUACAUUUUCCAUACAGAACAGGGUUUGACCAAUAUAGCUUUUUGAAGGGUGAUAUUGAUGUUUAUGAAUUGAAUGUGCCAGCAGCUCAUAUUUCGUGCCAAUUUGUAAUAUUUGAAGUGCUCGUUAAAUUUUUUUGUUGCAUUUGGCCUUUAUUCUAUCGCAUUGGGUUUGUAAUUAAACACAGAUGAAGGUUAAAAUGCCAGAUUUUAGCUUUCAGCACAUUUCAUAUUCAAUAUACACAGUUAAAACAACAAAGAUGUUUCACUUUCCACACACUUGUGGACUCUAUUGUAUAUUUUUGGCUAUUUUCACAGCUCUGAAAUGACUAAUACUUUAAGGAUUACCAGACGCAGUUAGUCAACAGCUACAUAAAAUGUGCUCAAAAUCUGCAAAGAACAUUGCAUUGUAAGAGCUGCUGAUGGUUUUAUGUGACCAGUGGUGGAUGAUUCUCAAUAAAAGCUUAAUAUCAGCCCAGUAUAUUGGUCUUACCCUCAUAAAGAAUUAUAGGCACAAAUGAAUUUCAGACAUUCCCUCAUCAGUGUCGUCUCUUUUUGAGAAACUUCUACUUUGGAAAUGGAUAAGGGAGAGCUGUGGCUGAUUUAAAGCCCCCAAAGGCAGAAAAUCGCCACAUAAUGUAUGAUGUCAUACUGCUAAGUCUACCAUACCAAUGCCUUGUCUGAAUUUUUUUUUUUUAUUUGGUCAUUAAAUGUCUGUUUUGAAAAACCAUGAGGCCAAAAUGAAAACAUGAAGCAAAUAUGUUUUAUGAGGAAAAUCGACUGAAAAAAGCUUUGUUGGGGAUUUUUUUUCUAUGACACUAAUUUUUUCUGGUCUGUAAAGUCUAGACACAUUUUUUUUUGGUAAAAGUGUAAUUUGAUUAUAUUAAAUAAUAGAAACAAUUUCUUUUUCUAAAGAUCUGAUUAAAAGGUAUGUGCGCACAAACAAUUUCAUGUAAAUCAUUUAAUGAAGUAUUAGACAAUAAUCAUUUAUGAUUUACAGGUCAGGCAAGGUUUAAUCCUGUAGCAGAAAAAUAUAACUCUUAUGUGGGUAAUUAAAAUAUUUAUACUGGUUUUUGUUCUUACUUGUACGCUAUCCUUCUUGGAUAAGAGAAGUUUUAUGGCCCUACGACCUGUUAAACAAUUUCAAUUUUCAAAAAUGCACAGUCAACCUGAAAUUUAAGGUGUCUCUCGACCUAAGUAUAAAGAUUAUUUUGACAAAAGCAAUACAGGCUAACUCUGAAACAGUCUUUGUAUUUCACUUUAAACAUGUGCAAUGUUACUGGUUUCGAUGUGAAUAUAUAAAAACAUGUUUAGCGGUUUUCUUGUUUGUAGGAAAUCCUUAAAAACCUCUGAAAUGUGGAGAGCUACUGUAUAAGAAGUGCAUGCUUUAAUGUAUGUCUGAACAGUUUGCAUAAGUCUGAGAGAAGUUUCCUCAUGACAUACUCAAGAAUUUUCUGUUUUGUUCUGACUGAAACAGUUGCAUCUCAAACAUCAUCUCAGCUGCACUCUUACUUUUAUCUAAGAUAUUUACGUACCAACAGCCCUCUUUUUUUAUAUAUUGUCAUGGAACAUGUAUCAAAAACUAUUUCCCCAGUGCAAGGUCUGUUGGAAAGAGAGUUCCUUUUGGUUUUGAGCCAUGUAUCUGGUUAUGUCCUGUGGAUCUAAUAGCUUUCCCAUUUUUGUGGUGAGCCUGUUAUAUAUUUGGCCUCUUUAGUCUUUUUUUCUGUAACCUGCAAAUGUGUUGUUCAGCUUUUGGUGUCCUCUCUGAACAAAUGCCUACUAUUUUCUUUCCUUUUUAAUAAAAACAAACCUGAAACAUGUAUCAUAAUCAGCUGCCUCGUGGCAUCAGUGAAACUUGAGAUAUUUGUAUUUUCCCAUACUUUAUAAAGUGUCUAUUGUCCUAUUGUCCAAAUAAAACGACAGCAAUGUUUA